AACACUUCACGGAUCUUGAUUACGGAUUAAUGGGUCGAACUUCCGAACCCGGUUACUUCAUUUUGAUAAACUUAGGGUUUCUUCCCUGUCCUAUAUAAAUAUAGAGCCUAACGCAAAACCCUAGUUGUGAGUUGCAGGAAGAAGGAGCAAAUGGCGACUGUUCCAGGGCAACUUGUGUGGGAGAUCGUGAAGAAGAACAACUCUUUCUUAGUGAAACAGUUCGGAAGAGGGACUCAGAGCGUCGAAUUCAGCAGAGAGUCCAACAAUCUCUACAACCUCAAUUCGUUCAAAUUCUCUGGUUUGGCAAACAAGAAAACUGUUACCGUUCAGCCUGCUGGUAAGGAUCUAUCUGUUUUGUUGGCUACAACAAAGACAAAGAAGCAGAACAAGCCUGCUUCAUUGCUCCACAAAUCUGUGAUGAAGAAGGAGUUCCGUAGGAUGGCAAAGGCUGUUGAAAAUCAGGUUGCGGAUAAUUACUACAGGCCUGAUCUUAAGAAGGCCGCCCUUGCAAGGUUGAGUGCUGUUAACAGAAGCCUCAAAGUUGCCAAGUCUGGUGUCAAGAAGAGGAACAGACAGGCCGUGAAGAUCUCUGGUAGGAAGUGAAAGGGAAUUGAGACCGAGUUAACUUGCAUUCAACCCUCGUUUUUGCCCUCUUUUUGUGAUUUUAGAACUCCUGUCUAAAUUUCCUGAGUUGUUUUUGAAUAUGCAAUUAUUUAUGAAGUACUCAAUGUGAACUCGAACCAGUAUUUCAUAGCUUUCACCUUUAA